AGACACACUGCAUUACCCCGCUCAGAAUUCCUCUUCCGCUUCAAAACCCUUACGAGAAAGGGGAACCCUCCGGAAGAUCAAAGAGGGGCGAAUGGAAUUACAGACUCUUGCCGUUGAAGCAAAGCGCAAGGCACCAUGCGUCGACGUCGAGGAUGCAUCCUGGAAGGUAGCCAAGUGUCAAAAGCUCUCUUCAGAAAAAUUCAUGGUCCGACUCGAGAUUUCUUCCCCGGAUUCGUUCUCAGUAAAGCCGUUGAGCGUUGAUGGUUACAGGUUCCCUGGUGGUGCCGCUUGCUUUGAAAAAAUUAAGCGAAUGCCUAUCUGAUGUGGUGCCAUCACAUUACACACAGAACCAUGGUAGUGGAGAGGCCUGUGUGUUCAAACUCACAGAUUAUGAUGCAGUUCUUAAGUCAUUAAAGAACGAGCGCAUUGAUUACCAAGACAUCCCUUACAUAACUCGUAGAGCUGUAAGCAUACUAUCACGUCCUUAUGUUGAGGGGCGUUGGGAACCCUGUAGGCCAGAACAUCUAUCUGAUGAAAAAGUAGAUGAGUUAAUGGGGAAACUUCCAAAGUCCCUGUUAGAGGUACUUCUCCCUUUCCAAUUUGAAGGUGUGAAGUUCGGAUUGCGUAGGGGUGGCAGGUGUCUCAUUGCUGAUGAAAUGGGCCUUGGGAAAACACUUCAGGCCAUUGCAAUUGCAAGCUGUUUCAUGAAUGAAGGCCCUGUACUAAUUGUUUGUCCUGCUAUUUUGCGAUAUACAUGGGCAGAAGAAUUGGAGCAUUGGCUUCCAUCUUGUUUGCCCUCUGAUAUUCAUCUAGUUUUUGGUCAUGAAAACAAUCCUAUAAACCUAGCAAGGACUCCAAAAGUUGUGGUUAUUUCUUACAAAAUGCUGUCCAAUUUGAAGAAGAGCAUAUUACAACAAAAAUGGGCUGUCUUGAUUGUUGAUGAAUCACAUAACGUACGCUGUACAAGACGCGUAUCAUCAGAAGCAGGAGAGACACAGGCCUUACUUGAUAUUUCAACAAAGAUCAAUCGUAUAGUUCUACUCUCAGGGACUCCUUCUUUGUCAAGGCCAUAUGACAUUUUUCAUCAAAUAAACAUGUUAUGGCCUGGACUGCUUGGGAAAGACAAACUUGCAUUUGCAAAAACCUAUUGCUCCAUGAGUACUGCCCGAACUUAUCAAGGGAUUGUCUAUCAGGAUUUCUCAAAGGGUAUUCGCUUGGACGAGCUAAAUGUGCUACUGAAGCAGACUGUUAUGAUAAGACGAUUGAAGGAACAUGUGUUGAUGCAAUUACCACCAAUACGAAGACAAAUCAUAAACUUGGUUUUGAAGCAAUCAGAUAUCGAUUCUGCAAUAGAAAUCUGUGGUAUGCCAAAUGAUAAUGCUUUUACAGUAAAUAUUGCCGAAGAUGAUGAAAUGGAUGAUGUUGAUGGCAACCCUUCAAAACCAUCCAAUCAAGCUAUAGGUAUCGCAAAACUAUCAGGAUUCAAAGAGUGGCUACUUAUGCAUCCAAUCAUGGCUGAAUCUGAUGAUGAUGAAAGUAUUGGAUUAAGUCAAAGCUCUCAUAAAAUGAUAAUUUUCGUUCAUUAUCAUAAGGUUACAGAUAGAUUAGAGGAAUUUCUGUGUGAGAAAGGGAUUCAGUUUGUACGUAUUGAUGCACGCGAUGCAUCUGCCAGAGAUAGACAACAAGCUAUCCAUUCUUUCCAACAUUCAAAAGAGGUUAAAAUUGCAUUGGUUGGGAUACUUGCUGGGAGUAGUGGACUUAACCUGUCAGCUGCACAAAAUGUGGUGUUUCUAGAAUUACCUGAGAGAAUAUCCGACUUUCAACAGGCUGAAAGUCGAGCACAUAGGCGUGGUCAAACUAAAGCAGUCAACGUUUAUAUAUUUUGUGCCAAGAACACUCCGGAUGAGUCUCACUGGAGAAAACUGAAUAGAGUUUCAUCGACAUAG